AUGGCUGGGCUCGUGCUUUACCCAGCUGUAUCUCUCCGCCUUUUCCUCUGGGGAAGCAAGGAACACCGCGACACUGCCGGGUUGCGGAACAUCGAGGGUUGGGCGGAAGAAUAUUAUCCAAACACUUCACAAGCUCCAGGAGCUAGUGUGAAGUCUUGCCCUCCGCCCGCAAACUGCUUUCGCAGUCCAGCACAGCCCCUUCCUCCAAUCAUACACUUCGUACAAGUUGGAAGCAGUCAGUUAAACGAGUCACUGUUCGCCGAACAAACGUGCCCACUACCAGCACCACUCACAGGCACUCGCCCUAUUUUUUUUACACACCCUGGCCGCGAGCGUGCCCCUAAAAGAGUCCCACCGACCCCCACUAGAGGCAAUGUGAAUUCUUGUAGGGGGCGUUUAACCAACGCGAGCGCGUAUUCUUUGAACCCGCGGAAGCAACAUACCCCUCUAUAUAAGGCGCGCAAGCUCCAGCCUCGGCGCCAGAAGAGGUCCCGGCGCCAGAAGAGCAACCCACGAGGUAGUUGCCACUGCCCCAGCGUGGAGUCUGCUGAAGCGCAAGCCUUCAUCGACAGCAAUCAAGGCAUGGCGUGCAGCCACCGUGACACCGGCUACCGCAGCCUGGGGGUCGACGAGGACGAGGAAGAACAGCAUAAUGCGGAGCCUACCUUGACCUCGGAGACUGUAACCGGAGGAGAGAAGGAGGUUACGCUGUCCGAACCUGAGCCCGGAGAAGCAGCAGCAGCAGGCUACGUUGAUGUGGUCGGUCCCAACUUCUUGGACGAAAACCGUGAGGGCGGCGGCGGCGGUCUUGAGCCCCCGCAGCAGCAGGAGGAGCUGGCCCCCCCGGCCGCUGAGGGGCCACAGAUCGUACCGAGAAAUCUGCGCCGCAGCCGUACGGCAUUCACCAUCUUGCAGCGGCGGGAGCUGGAGAGAGCUUUCCAGCGCACUCGUUACCCCGACGUGUUCGAGCGAGAGGUGAUUGCAAGACGCUUGAAUUUGCCUGAAGCCAUAGUGCAGGUUUGGUUUCAGAACAGAAGGGCCAAGUGGAGAAGACAACAGAGGGCACUGAUGUUCAGAAAUCUGAUCCCCAUUGCCUUGCACCCCCAUAUGGGGAUAACCUUUAAUGGGCCCUAUCAGGCAGUCCCUGUUAUAAGGCCUGCAUGGAGAUGUGUUCCUGCAGUGCCACUUGCACCACCUGUGCUACCCGGGCCACCACUUCUGCCACCCAGGCCACCACCUCUGCCACCCGAGCCACCACCUCUGCCACCCGGGCCACCACCUCUGCCACCCGGGCCACCACCUCUGCCACCCGGGCCACCACCUCUGCCACCCGGGCCACCACCUCUGCCACCCGGGCCACCACCUCUGCCACCCGGGCCACCACCUCUGCCACCCGGGCCACCACCUCUGCCACCCGGGCCACCACCUCUGCCACCCGGGCCACCCGGGAUGCCUUUGCCACCCCUACCACCUGUGCCUCCCUUUGCUGUGGCCCCUGUAGGUAUUGCAUGGGGCCCUGUCAUCAACGGUCAUUUCACAGGUCCCAUUUUCUGA